UGUCUGUGAAGAAGACUGAGACCUGCGGGAGCCCCUGACCUGCUAGGGGUUGUGGCUGUGGAACUGAUAACCCUAGAACCCAGAUAUCUUCACUCUUGUCUGAAGAAAGGACCAACAGAAGAGACGAAACUGUCAAAUAGCUGCAAGGAAGCUUGCUUCUGUCUCUCUGAGUUGGUUUUAUCAAAUAUAAGAUGGGACUGAUGGUAUCCAGUUCACCAGGAAUCGACUUAAAGCCUCCAGAGAAGUAAUAUCUGUAGACCUUCCAAAUUGCCACUUGAUUAAAGGAAUCGAAGCUGGUGCGGAGGACAUUGAUGUUCUUCCCAAUGGUCUGGCUUUCUUUAGCGUGGCCACUGACUUUAGCUAAUGGUGCUGCUCGUCACCCAUGUGUAGUCCACACCGGAUUCAGGAAGGACCUCAGCCUUUUCGUUUCAUUUUUUCUCCCACGGUCUCCAAAGGGUCUCAAGUUUCCUGGGCUCCACAGUUUUGCACCAGAUAAGCCUGGAGGAAUACUGAUGAUGGAUCUCAAGGAAGAAAAACCCAGGGCACUGGAAUUAAGAAUCAGCUGGGGCUUCGAUUUGGCUUCCUUUAACCCGCAUGGUAUUAGCACUUUCAUAGAUGAUGAUGACACAGUUUAUCUCUUUGUUGUGAACCACCCAGAAUUCAAGAAUACAGUGGAAAUAUUUAAAUUUGAAGAAGAAGAAAAUUCUCUAUUGCAUCUGAAGACAAUUAAACAUGAGCUCCUUCCAAGUGUGAAUGAUAUCAUAGCGGUUGGGCCAGCCCACUUCUACGCCACCAAUGACCACUAUUUCUCGGAUCCUUUCUUGAAGUAUUUGGAGACAUACUUGAACCUACGCUGGGCAAGUGUUGUUUACUACAGUCCCGAUGAAGUCAAACUGGUGGCAGAAGGAUUCGAUUCAGCCAAUGGGAUCAAUAUUUCACCAGACAAAAAGUAUGUCUACGUUGCUGACAUACUAGCUCAUGAAAUCCAUGUUUUGGAAAAACAACCUAAUAUGAACUUAACUCAACUAAAGGUUCUGCAGUUGGACACGCUGGUGGACAAUUUAUCUAUUGAUCCUUCCUCGGGUGACAUCUGGGUUGGCUGUCACCCUAAUGGCCAGAAGCUCUUCGUGUAUGACCCGAACCGUCCUCCAUCGUCAGAGGUUCUCCGCAUCCAGAACAUUCUAUCCGAGAAGCCAUCUGUGUCUACAGUGUAUAUCAACAAUGGAUCUGUCCUCCAGGGAAGUUCUGUGGCAACCAUAUAUGAUAGAAAACUUCUUGUAGGCACUUUAUACCAGAGAGCCUUGUACUGUGAACUCUAAAUUGUAAUUUUGACAUGCAAGUGCAAUAAGUUGUAGCAAAACAAUCUUUUGAUGAACUGCUAAUUCUGAGGGAAUUUAAUCAUCAGUACCAACCUGGGAAUAUACCACAUACGUAGUUCAUUUUAAUAAGGAAAGGCCCCCAAUUCUGAUGCACUUUUGGCAUCAAAAGAAAAUGAUUGUUGUUAUUUUGUUUGUUUGUUUUUGUUUUUUUUUUGUUUGUUUUGUUUUUCGAGACAGGGUUUCUCUGUAGCUUUGGAGCCUGUCCUGGAACUAGCUCUUGUAGACCAGGCUGGUCUCGAACUCACAGAGAUCUGCCUGCCUUUUUUAUUAAUAUUGUUGUAUUUUUUUAAAUGCCAAUACAAGAAAAAAGCUGCUUUUGAAUAAAGUGAAUGUGUUUUGCACAGAGGGACUUUACUUCCCACCCCAUAGGAGCCCACUGGAACAGGAUGAGUUGUAAAGUCAGUGACCUCGGUCCCCCUGCUGGGACCGUUGUGCACGCUCAGGACUACUGAUAGAUAACAUUGUGAUGAUCUAUACUUACAGCUUUGUUUACUGGCUUACAAUUUAGAAUUCUAGUAAAGACUAACCAAAAUCCGGGUUUUGUUUCUGUUUAAUUCCUGAAGUCGACUCGCAGGAGAACAGGAAGGAAGUGACUUUUAAGGGAUUUGGGUGGACAGAGUGGCCAUAUUAAUUUCUUACAAAAGCUAAAUGUAAAUGAGCUUUUCUAUGGAAAAAAAAUAAAAUAAAUCAACUGAA